CGUGAGCAGCGGGAAGCUAGCCUGUCGACACGCGUUUUUUAAAGUUUGGGGAUUAAUCGAAGUUUUUGUCCUCGAAUGGAGAUAUUUGGCAGCACGUUUGACGACUCGGUGUUUUUGGAGGCGAGGGACCGAGUCUCCGUGACUCUGUCCUCUUACAACGCCAAACUGUGUGAGCCAGAGUGGUUUUGUGAGAGUGCUGCUCUCGACACGGAUGAUUCAUUGGAGAAGCAGAAAGUCUACAAGUUUAGAGGAGACUUGGCUGUGAGGCAGGGCAACUAUCAGAAAGCCUUGGAUGCAUACAGCAGCUGCCUGGAGUGGAUCGCUGACAACAACAUGACCAUCAGAAGAGAUGUACUGGAGGGAAUGGCCCGAUGCUGCACCAAACUGGGACAGAGAGACAGGGCGCUGCACUUUGCUGACUUACUGAGCAAAGAAGCCUCCAACACCUGUCACCUAACCAGCCUCCUGCUGCUCAAGGUCACAAUCUACCAGCAUUUUGGAGGCGUAGGAUCCAAGAUGUCGUGUCUGCAGCAGCUGUGUAGCCUGCUGCCCUUCAACCCCUGGCACUGGUACAACCUGGGACAGACGUGUCUGCAGCUGCUGGACAGCAACAGAACCACAGGACCGUGUUCCCCUCAGAGGUGUGAAUCAGCAGAGGAGCAGAAUGAUGGAGAGACUGCUGAAGAACAGGAGGAGGCAGCAGAGCUCGAUGAGGACAGAGUCUGGCUGAAAGCUUGCACCUGUUUCAUCAGGACAAGACUCCUGUUGAGAAUCCUUCGGCAGCAGCAGUCCUCCUUUGUGCUGCAGCGGAGUGAAAACACCCUGCAGACGACGGAUGACGCAUUACAGCAGCUAAAUCCCAAAGAAACAACCCUGCAGGCUCUCACUGAGGUGAUGUCAGAGGACCUGGUCCCUGAGAAGAUGAGGGAGGACUACCAGGAUGGGGAGAGUCUGGCCAGUGUGUGUGUGCAGACAUUCAGAGAGCGCUGGUGGAAUAAGAUCUUACAGACUGGAGUACUAGAGGCUGAUGGCAGUCAACAUGUGGCACAGAUGGACACAAAGUCCUGAUGUACCAGUGAUGCCUGCGUACAGAGGAGCUGGCAGACAGGAAUAGACUGAAGAACGUGCUGAAGAUGGUUCUGUCACUGUGUAGAUCCCAUCAAAGAGCGAAAGAAACAGGACCGAACUGAAAGCUAAAUCCAACUCCUAAAACAGAAGUUGACAUGAGGUCUGCUGGCUCUUAUUGAUAUCACGAGUCUCAAAAAUGCUAAAAUACAUCAGAAUAUUCAUGAAACUCAUUCAUGUUUCAUGUUCACCUCCUCACUUAAAGGUAUACUAUGUAGGAAUUAUCAGCUAAUGUUUAAAAACCCAACAUUCCCCAAAAACUUGGCCCCUCCUCCCUGGCCCCCAGCUCCUAAGGCAGUGACUCAGGAGCAGUGCACCUGACUGCCUGUGGGAAACUGAGUGAUGAGGUAUCUUGCAAAACAUUUGAUCAAAUAAUGUUAUAUUGUGUGCAAUGGUAUUGUUAUUGGUAUAUGAACCAACAGCUUUGCUAAUCUUCGGAUUACUGGCUCUAACUAGCCAGCAAGUUUAGCCAUCUUCAGUCUUGCUCGCUGUUAGGCAUAGUAGUCGACAGUAAUUACAUAUCAUGAUGAUACAAUAAUUACAAUGCAAAGUAGUCUGCAGAGUUAUAGACAGCAGCCAACAGCAACAGUACUUAAUUGCUUUUGUGUCUAGACAAGAGAUUUUAGCUGAACUUCCCAAGCUUCAGACACAAAUUACAGUGUCAGCCUGGUUUCUACGUCUUUCAAACAUUUCGACCUCUCCUGCGCUGUUAUUGGCUGAGGGCUGCACACCCACUGCCCAAAGGUUGACACCCAGAAACUUAGAUAGCACAGCUCUAUAAGAAAAUACAGGGCAGGGUCUCUGCAGAUAAAUACACCACCACACACUUCUAGUGGGUCAUAAGUGAUGAUUGAGAGGACCUACUUUUGUCUUAGUCUAUACAUUGUUUCUUAGGGAAACCCUACACAGUAUACCUUUAAUUCAAGCCCAGGGAGAACUCCACAGUGAAUGUAGUAUCAAACAUGCCAGACAUACACAGAGCCAUUAAUGAUUCAUCCACUGAAACUGUUCGAUAAUUUAUGACAGCGAUUCUGUUCUGCUUUGAGAUAGGACACUCUGUCUAAAAUGUAACGUAUGCCUUAACAUGUUCACAUCCUAAAAAUGAUUUUAAUAAAACAAUUACGUCAUGUAUUUUCUGAAAUAUUGU